AUGACUAAAAAUGCUUACCUAAGAUCAGACAAUGCUGGAUGCUAUCAUUCAGCAGAGACCAUUUUGAGUUUGCGUCAGCUCUCCAAAGACACCGGCAUUACAAUAAGGCGUUUUGACUUUUCAGAUCCACAAGGAGGAAAAGGUCCAUCAGAUAGAUAUGCUGCUGUUAUAAAAUCACAUAUUCGUCGCUAUUUAAAUGAAGGACACGAUGUUUUAACAGCUGCUCAAUUUAUAACAGCAUGUAAUUCUUAUGGUGGUGUGAAAAACGUUCAUGCAUUUGAAUGUCAACUGACUUCUCGCUCGAAAAAUAAACUUAAAAUUAACGAUAUUAUCAAACUACAUAAUUUUAUCUAUGAAACAAUUGCUAUUCGUUCGAAUCGCGCUUGGAAUGUAGGCACUGGUAAAAUGAUUAUACUUGAUGGAAGUGCAAACGUUUCUUCGAAGAUUAACUCUCUCGUUUGCGUUAAUCCUUCUCCUGAACCAGCUCGAUUGAUAAACUCUUCUGCGGAUGACCAUUCGGAUGGUGCUGUAUUCUCAGUACUUAAAGAUUCUCCUGCGUCAUAUAGCCAAUGGCAAUCAUACUGGACGAGUAGAAAAAUUAUCAAUGAAAGAUCUGGCAAUGAUUAUUUAUAA